AUGGUAAAAAGAUGCUCAGCUCCGGACUGUCCGAUAAAUGCAGGACAAAAAAUUUAUAUGCCAUAUUUUCCCAAGGAUUCUAAGUACCGUGAAAUAUGGAAAAAAAGAGUUAAUCGAGGUCCAAAUUGGUCUCCUGGCAAGACUGGAGUUCUUUGUGAAUUUCAUUUUGAAGAAGAUCAAUUUGAACAAAUGAGAGUUGAUGGGAAGAAAAAAUUAAAAUCACAUGCUGUGCCUAGUAAAUUUGUAAGAAAGAAUCAGAGUAUUACUGAGCAUUCCUACGCAAUCAGUCGACAACCUUUUAGUGAUUUGACUAAUUCUAGAAACAGACCUGAUAAGCUAAAAGAAGAUUCAACGACAAUUCUCCAAUAUAAACUCCAUCUGCAAGAAUGUGGUAUUUCAUCUGCCUCAUUACAAUCAUCACCGGUCUUAUCAGAAUCGGUUGUAUCAUCGGUCUCACCAGAAUCGGUUCCAUCACCGGUCUCAACGUCUGAGACAUCUUCACUGCCAUCCACUUCAGCAACAUCUGUUUCAUCACCG